AUGUAUCUUUCGUCCUUUCUUUUGCUUGGUGGCAUGCUUGCACCCCUCGCCAUCGCAACCACCACGGCGACCACAACCACCUCUGCUCUCCCUACCGCCCUGCCUUCUCUCGUCUCCCAGAUCCCUUCAUGCGCCGUGCCAUGCUGGAACAAGGUCAAGACAGAGAUCGGCUGCGAUGCUGGCAACUUUGGCUGCUUGUGCGAGUUUGACGGCGAGUUGGUUGUCAAAAUGGGCAUUUGCACUCGCCUUAGUGACUGCAAAGACAAGGAAACCAGCGAUGCGGUCGGAAUUGUUGGUUCGGUUUGUGAUGCAUACAAGCAGUCGUCUGGAGAUGCUGUUUCUUCUGCCUCGAGCAUUAUCACGGCGGCUAUAGGCAAGGCCACUGCCACAGCUUCGUCCCAGCCUACCUCAACCAACUUCGCCAACCCUAUGGGUCACAGCAUCGAAGCGGUUCUAGUUACCGCAGCGGCCGCCGUCCUUUUGUGA